CUGUUACCAGUUUUUUUUUUUUUGAUAAUCGAGAACAGACUGGUGAGGAAGCAUGGGCCUAAUUUGAACGUCUGCAAAUUAGGUUUCGAUACAGUGAGUUCCUCUUUUGUUUCCAUUGAAUCCUGUUGAAGCCAUGGAGACCUAUAAAAGAUGGGUCAGGAAGAACAAGGAUUACGUGCAUCAAAUGGAGUCUCUGGCCAGUGGUUUGACAUGGUUUCUUCCCGAACGCUUCUCGAAUUCAGAAAUAGGGCCUGAAGCAGUAACAACAAUUUUGGGUAUUCUCACUGCUAUCAAUGAACAUAUAAUCGAUACGGCCCCUACCCAAAUUCAUGCUGGGCCUGCAGAGCGCGCCUCAUUUCCUUGGCCCUUGUGGAUAUCAAUGCUAAAAGACUUGGAGUCACUGGUUGAAGUCGUGGCGCAGCAAUACUAUGGCGAUGAUAAGAAAUGGCAUUUCAUUGCCAUUACAGAAGCUACCAAGGUGCUAGUUAGGUUGUCAGCGUUCCGGGACAGUGGAUACAAGAUGCUCCUACAGGGAGGGGAGACUCCAAAUGCGGAAAGCGAUCCAAAUACUUUGGGUUCCUGCAACAGAAUGGGAAAUUUGACAAAUGGUGCAAAUCAUGGCCCUGGUUAUUUUCAGAAGCUUCAGGGGCAUAACACACGGAAUCUUGAAGGGCGGGCUUUGACUGCACUGAACAGGUUUGGGCAGAAUGCUAGGAUGGAAUCUAACUCGACAUGGUUGAAAAGGCACCAGCAAGAGCAUGCCGUGACAAGCAUGACUGUAGACCCUCCAACUCCACCAAUUGAGAGGCCUACCCUCUCCACCAUUCUUUCUGAGAAAGGACUUCAUGGGGGCUUAUUUGUGAUGGCAGAGGUGCUAUGUAUUGCAAGACCUCUUGUAUAUGUUCUAUUUAUUAGAAAAUAUGGAGUUCGGUCCUGGAUGCCAUGGCUUGUUUCGCUGGCGGUGGACCUUACUGGAGUGGGCUUUCUUUCCUAUGUUACACGUUCACAAAAUAAUGGAAAUGGCAAAGAUUUCCCUCUUUCGACCUCUGAACAGAAUGAGAUAAAAAGGCGAAAGCUGUUAUGGGCACUUUACAUCAUGAGAGAUCCAUUCUUCAGCAAGUAUACCAGGCAAAGACUUGAAAACACUGAGAAAUUCUUGGAACCUGUUCCUGUUAUUGGGGUUUUUACAGCUAAGCUUAUUGAGCUUAUUGUUGGAGCUCAGUCGCGUUAUACUUACAUGUCAGGAUCGUAAGUAAUAACUUGCGUAAACACGGGCUUCUUGUAGAUGUUUACAUUUUGCUUCUAAGUUUCCUCAAAAUGUGGGAGCAAAUUUUCAAUUUGUGUCCUUUCGAUAUUCUUGUGUCCAGAAUUUAGAUUGACAUGGCUGUAACAAGUUUACGUAAUAAAGUUAGCAGUUCCUGAUCAGUUGUUUCAUGAAA